AUGGAUCUCACGAAGAAACUGAGCAUUUUCGUUUUUCUCUUAUGCGUUCUGAUUUCAUUGAGGAACCAAAAAGCAGCAACCGAUUCGCGUUCGGUUGCUGAAGAUCCAUCCACACGGCGUAGUCUCGGAGAAGACGACUCUCAUUCCAUCGCCGGAGUUCAUGCGCGGCUUAAAUACGACUACUACAGCGAUUCAUGUCCAUCAGCUGAGAGGAUAAUCCGAUCAACGGUCAGAGAAUUGCACGAGAUGAAGAACGUCGGUCCUGCUCUGUUGAGGCUUGCUUUCCACGACUGCUUUGUCAUGGGGUGUGACGCUUCAAUUUUGCUGGAUUCUGCUGGCGAUGUGAAAAGCGAGAAAGACACUCCGCCGAAUCGAUCUAUAAAAGCAUUUGAACAUAUUGAUGCUAUCAAGUCUAUACUCGAGCAUGAGUGCCCUGGAAUUGUGUCUUGCGCUGAUAUUGUAGUUUUAUCAGCGAGAGAGGGCGUUCUCCUGGCUGGAGGUCAGUUCUAUCCUGUUUUCACCGGACGAUUGGACAGCAAAACGUCUUACCCCGAAGAUGCAGCUGGAUCUCUUCCCAGUCCUCACUUAAAUCUCGGGGAAGCUCUCAGGUCAUUUGCAGCAAAGGGAUUUGAUGCCAGAGAAACAGUCGCUCUGCUAGGUGCUCACAGCACUGGAAAGGUUCACUGCAGUUUCUUCUACAACCGGCUAUAUAACUUCAGUGGAACAAAUGGACCUGACCCUUCCAUCAACGCUGAAUUCGUGAUGGUUUUGAGAUCACAAUGCAGCAACUCCUCAUCACAGCCAUCUGCGGCACCUUCUCCAUCGUCAGCAGCGUUAGAGGAUCGAGCAGUGAAGAUGGACUACGAAGGAGCAGGGAACGGUUUUGGCGAGGUGUACUACCGUAGUCUAUUGGAAGGCAAAGGGUUACUGUUUGUGGACCAGCAGCUCACAGCUGGAGACGAUACGAGGCCUUGGGUCGAAGCGUAUGCUGCAGAUGCUCCACGCUUCCGGAGGGACUUUGGGCUGGCUAUGUUCAAGCUCUCGCAUCUCCACGUUGAUAGCGCUGUGGAGGGCGAGGUUCGUCUCAAUUGCCGUAAAGUUAACUGA